CAACAUUCACAACAAGAAGUCCAACUGCUCCUCCAACUCUCUUUCGGAGUCUUCCCUUUCAGACUAUUAACUAUCAAAACCUGUUUUUUUGUCAGCCGAUUUUCUCCCUUGCAAUUACCCAACAUAGUUUUCCCAUGGCCGACGGCGAUAACAGCUUCUGGUCGGAGAACUGACGCCUCCGGCAUGUCUGACAACGACCCUGUCUUCGAGACUUUCCGAGCUCUGGUGGAGAGCGCGGACCGUAAGUUCGCUAGGGUUCGCGACGUGCCUGCCUAUGGGCGUGUUAGCCAGAACCACUUCUAUCAGAAGGUUUUCAGGGCAUACACGCGGCUUUGGAAGUACCAGCAGGAGAACCGCUCCAAACUGGUUCAGUGCGGUCUAAAACGCUGGGAAGUCGGCGAGAUCGCUAGCCGAAUCGGUCAGCUUUACUUCGGCCAGUACAUGAGGACUAGUGAGUGCAGGUACUUGGUUGAAGCAUAUGUGUUCUAUGAAGCGAUACUCAAUAGAAGGUAUUUUGAAGGAUCCGAAGGUUCGCCAAAAGAUCCGGGAAUCAGAUUCAAGGAAUUGAGGUUUUAUGCGCGGUUUUUGUUGGUGUCGGUGAUUUUAAACAGACCGGAGAUGGUGAAGCAUCUCAUGGACCGUUUCAUGGCUUUGCUUGACGAUUGUAAGAGCAACUGCCGGGAAACUAACUUAAAGGAAUGGAGGCAAGUGGUGCAAGAAAUUGUCCGAUUUACAAAAGCAGAGAACGGCUUUGCUAUCAGGCCUCUACGUUAUUGUGCCAUAACUGAUACUCACCAGGCUUCUCUUCCAUAUGUAGCUCGUUUUCAUGCAAAGAGGGUUUUAAAAUUCCGGGAUGCCCUUUUGACAAGCUAUCAUCGGAAUGAGGUCAAAUUUGCUGAGCUUACAUUAGACACCUACAGAAUGAUGCAAUGUUUAGAAUGGGAGCCUAGUGGAUCCUUCUACCAAAAGCCUAUUGUUAAACCAAUUGAGAAUGGGGACUCCGUUGAUCAUUCAGGAACUUCUGGGUUAAUAAACAUGAACCUAGCUGCAGAUGUGACUGAUCCAAAUGUGCCUCCUAAUGCAAGAAAGGCUGUUCUUUAUCGUCCAUCUGUAACACAUCUGAUAGCUGUUAUGGCGGCAAUUUGUGAGGAACUGCCACCAGAUAGUGUGGUGCUUGUAUAUCUAUCAGCCUCAGGGAAGGCUGGUUAUAAUAAUGCCCAUCAGUUGGAGAAUUCUGGAGGGUCAUUGAAACAUUCUAGGCACAAAGUCCUUUCUCAGACUUCCCAAGAGCUGAGUAGUGAUUCUCAAAUCAAUGGCAAGAGAGAAUCCAACUCCUAUUAUGACAACCAUCUGUGGUUUGGUCCCAAGGGCAGCGAAGGUUCAAACAAUCUUUACCCUGGCGAUCUUAUUCCUUUCACCCGCAAACCUCUUUUCUUCAUUGUUGAUAGUGAUAACAGCCAUGCAUUCAAGGUUUUGCGUGGUGCUGAAAGGGGGGAGACAGCUGCUCUGUUUCUUUCACCUUUAAUGCCAGUUUUCAAGAAUCCAGCUGAUGUGAAUUUACAUAAUGGAAGCCAGUUUACCUUCUUCUUGACCGCUCCUUUGUCAGCAUUUUGCCAGAUGGUAGGCCUGUCUCCCAGUGAGGUUGACAAGGAUGUCUACAACCAAGCGGAGAACAUUCUUGCCAACGCCUUUGCUGAGUGGGAAAUAAUUCUGUGCUCAGCAACUACUAGCUUGGAUUUAGUAUGGGCUCAAAUUAUAACUGAUCCAUUUUUGCGGCGGCUUAUUUUAAGAUUCAUUUUCUGCCGGUCAGUGAUCUCUUUUUUCUGCCCGCUUGAGGAAAGCGAUCAGUAUCUGCCGCUUUGCUUGCCUCACUUGCCCACAGCCGUUGCACCGGGUUCUGGAGCUGUACGUUCUGCCGUCGUUCAAAUUGCUACACACUUUGAAGUGGCUGAUUCCUUUCGCUUUAGUAAUGCCUAAGAUGAGGAAGCUUAAGUUGAAAAAAAAAUAAAAUCAUGCUUUGGGCAGGGGAGCCAAGGAUAUUCACUUUGACAGGGAAAAUUGAUAAAAAUACAGAUGGACUUGUUUAGUCCUCAUCACAAGAAAUUCUUGGUGGGGCUCUGGUUGGCACUAUGCAGACCAAAUUUUCGGCCGUGGUUGACUCUGCAUGUUCUAUUGCCUCGAUUCAAGUUCAACUUCUCUGCUUCAUUCGUCUAUACUGUAUUUGGUGGUGGUUUAUACUUUUAUUGUUAUAGUUGGCAUUGGGUCGGUGCCUGAUGAGCUAUUUUUCGUGUCUGGGCGUGGCAAGCUGAUAUUUAGUUUCGAAUUAGUUUUAUAUUAUGUAUCUGUUCAUAUAAAUGUAAAAGAAGAGUCAGGAAAGUUUUAUUUGCCCCCCUUUUUGAGCAGAAUCGGACAGCAUUGAAACAACAUUGAAGGAGGAAAGAAAUGUAUUCCAGUAUGAAUUUCACCAUGGCACUGGAUGAUAAAAGAUGAUGUACAUUAUUUUGAUCUGUCUGUUUA